ACGUGCACCCGCAAACAUAAAAAGGAUGACCAGCCGCCAUCAUGUCAAGAAGUAAUCGCCGCAUAAACCAGCGCUGGCACACGGAUCAGACGUAAUUACAGUACUGCGGACGACCUAUAACGUGCCUGGUCAAGGAGGCGAGACGAUGCUGUGUUCUUCAAGAGUCAAUUGACACGCACUUUGACCUAAAGCACAAAGCAUGGCUGCCGACCAGGAGGCACCUAAGAAAGCAAGUACCAUCAAUGAUCAGGCGGGAAAAGCAUCAGCCAGCUUGGCUCCCGCUGUGAAAGAACAUGCGCCAGCUUCCAAUUUCCCGCAGACCAAGUUUUCAGUCCCAGUCACUUUGAAACCACAAGCAACACAACAAGAGGUCGAGAGUGCCAUGUCAAAGUCAGUGCCAGGCUCCCCGCCACCGCCGGACAAGGUCUUAGGGUCGACAACACAGGCUGUCGCUGGACAAAAGGGUAAGAACUCCUUGCGAGUCUCAUACACCCCUCUCAAUAAAAGUACCUACACGUCUACUGCUCGACGAUCUACUCAGAAUUCUGUCUAUGGUCCAAUCCAGUCUGUUUCUGACUCGGUUCCAGAACCACAAGGUGUGCCUUCUCAUGGAGGCGGCAAUCUCAUGGCAGAUCAGCGCAAUCAACGAGCAGCAAGUCCUGAUCGACGAUCCAAUGGUUCAAUGAGACCACCACUGCUCAAGAGCGGCUCUUCCGAAAACAAGGUUGUCACUGGCUUGCCUCCGCGCAAAUCGACGCUUAAUGUCAGUCGCUCGUCGACGAGCUCAUCAAACCCUCAAGCUCGUGUUAGCAGCCAAUCUCCAACCAUCGCUCCUCUCUCACCCACGAGAUCCACCAGUGACGGCGUGCGGCCAGAUCGACUGGUAGACCGCCCCAGUAAUGAUAACGGGGGAACAGGCAUGAAGCGAUCCGCCUCGCCUAUGCAAAAUGAUGCUAAACGAGCAAAGCCUCGAUCCGCGAGUACACCACAUGUCAUGAAUCUUGCACAAUAUCCUGAAGUCCGAGAUCUUGUCGUUUUGCCAGGAUUCGGGAGCCAUUUCGGCAUACCCUUCAGGAAGUCCCAUGGCAGCAUCACGUGCCUCGCACCAUCGUGUGACAAGCAGACUUUUGGAUCAGCCAAGGCAUUCCUGCAACAUGCUGAAAACAAGAAUCAUCGAGGAUUCGACAUCCGCAAGGCCCAUGUCCCACGCCCCGAGCGCAAUUCAAAUUCAGUAUCAAAUGCCGCAGGCGGAGAACGGUCCGCCUCCUCUGUAAAUGUGUCCCAGUAUAACGGAGAGUUUGGUGGCUCCCGUCGAAACAUGCAUGAAGAAGUUCGUGUUUCCCGUGCUGAGCCAGUGAAGACUCCGGAUCUCGGAUUGGCGAGCAAAAGCAUAGAUCUAACUGUCCGCGCACAGGCAACAGACAAAGCCCCAGUUGAGACAACUAAGGUUGCCAGGGUGGAAUCGAGCAAGGAGAAUGGUCCCGGGUCCUUGGCUCGUCCCACCAGUGUGUCUGCCAGUCAACCGAUCUCUAGUUCAUCGCUCGCUUCGCAGCAGUUUGCUGGGUCGAAGGCCAAACCGGCGGCUGCAACGACAGCUGUGGCCAAGACUAUUCCCGCCCCCGCUCCACUUCAGCCCUUCUCCAGCAAGACUCCGGAUCAUCGUGUCUCGGCCUCAGAUCAGUCAUCAGCAGUUGAUGGCAUUGAUAACGUCAGUAGUCAAACUCCCACGACGAAGGUAGCGACAGCUUCUGCUGUGUCGACAGAAGAAGCGACUCGCCUCGAGAAGUUGUGGAGGACCCAUCUCGGUUUCGAAAGCAUGCGUAACCAGAUGCCAGAGCCGUCGGUCUGGGCGGAAGUCAGCAAGAUCUCUGAAGCCAAAAUUAAAUCUUUCCUCGCUACAAAAGACUUGGCGCGUAGCAGAUCUGAACCUCUCGGAAAACCGUCUGCUCCUCUUUUGAAUCCCAAGAUCGAAGCUAUUCGCCAGGAGAGUGCCAAAGCAGAGAAGAAGCCUCCCCAGGCAGUCCCUGUUACUCCAGCACUACGAGCAAGAGAUGCUUUGCCAUCUACGAAGCGUCCGUCCAGUGGAUCGUCUCAUACGUCGGCCUCGAAACCAGAUGAAAGGCCAGGCCAGCCUUCAAGCUCGACGUCCGACCGGUCGAAUACCAAGAGGGAGGACUCUCAAGGGAGUGUGAACUCAGCUCAAGAGAAGCUUGCUGGCCAGGCGAGGGUCAAGUACCCGGAAGGGAGCAACCUCAAGACAGCCAGACCGUUGAAGCGUCCGAGAUGGGAGUAUAUUCUCGUGGACCCAAACACUGAGAAAUCCGAGGAUGAGAAAAUUGAGUUCACAAUUGGCAAAACCCGUCGGCAGGAACGGGUCUUGCGGGAGGGUUCCGACGAACCGUUGAAGACGGUCCGUCCCAAAAGAGCAAAUCGUGUUCCUCGAGUCAUCUCCCGCUUGGAUGAGGACUCGUCAGAUGAUGUUCCGCUCAGGAUUGCACAUGGCAAAUCGGGUGAGCAGGCGAGUCCAUCUGGAACCAUGUCCUUUGAGUCAUCUGAUAGCGAUUCUGAGGUGCCUGUCCCACGCUCGAUUUCGCCAAAGAAUGUGCGACGCGUCAAACAGGAAGUGGAACGCAAGCCUGUUCCUGCUCGAUCCACCCCGUUGGUGAGCGAGAAGAAAAAGCAACCUUCGCCCGUCUCGUUUUCCAAUUCACCCAUGCAAAACAAAGUGCAGGAAAGUGCCCCCGGGCCAGUGACGCCAAUGAUGGCCCGCCUCGAAGCCCAUAUGAUGCUUGGCAAAGCGAUCAACGUCGACGACUGGGUCCGUGCCAAACUGGGAUCGCACAAGAAUGUCACUGAUUUUCUUGCAAAGGUCGCAGCCGUUUUGCCGCGAAAUGUGUCCCUCCAGAAUUCUCAAGCCGGGGACAGCAAGGCAGAGUCUGCAACUUCAAAGCCAAUGCGGACCAUACCGAACUCAGACAAAUUUGUGCCGCAGGGGUCCCCUCGAGCGCCUCAGGGUGAGUCUGAUGCACCGGUUGUCAAAACGAUGGCAUCACCCCAAAUUUCUCAGAGCAAGGCAAUGGAUCGGAAGCUCUGCAUUUACUGCGGAGUCUUGGCGGAACCUGGUGUCUCGGAAAAACACCUCGCUUUCCACGAGCGACAGGGUGAUGUCCCAUCUGUUGACCUCUUGAAGCGCUCCGGGGGCCGCGCAGAUAUGGUCGGCACUGUUGUGCAUAUCUCUCACGGAAAGCUGCCCACGUUAAAACAACGAGCACCAAAAGAUGCCGAACGACCGGUAUACGCUGCGAUGCCUCUGCAUUAUGGAGAUUUGACGGACACGCGAAAUGCGUGGCAGCAGACAAAGGAUUGUGCAGCUUCGAACAUCUCGCCCGUGUUGUUUUGCAUGGACUGUGUGGAUGGCCAGCCUGCCAAAUGUCGUUUCAAAAUAAUCAGGAAGUUUGUCGACCCGCCAAGCAGCGACGACAAUCUACGUUAUGUUCUGGCUUCCAUCCACAAUCAUGAAACCGACGACGAAGGUAGCGUCUCAGAAGUUGGGUUGAGGGGUUUGUCGAAGACGGAUGCGGAGUUUGUUUUUCGGCGCCUGGUCCGCCCACUGGAGGAGUUCGCCCAAAUCGAAGAUGAACAUGAACAGCAAGAGCGAAUCUUACAUCGGCCCCGGACUCGGGCGACUGGUGCGCAUUGCGAUGCAUGUUUCAAUCUGAUCUUCUCAGGUUACUGGACAUGUUAUUUAUGUGGCACCUUCCUUUGCUUGGACUGCUUCACAGAUUGGCAGGAAAGCCCAGAUUCGUCGAACAUUCCGUUCGAUACGUGUAAGUCUGUUGCAGGCCAACCAAUGCGACAUUCGAAGCACCACAUGAUCCCGUUUACUUCGUUUCGUGAGCAAGAGCUCGACGAUCUGCUUCGGCAGGCACAAGACUUUUCUCCCUACAUCGCAGCAUCGGUUGGCGUUGGGCGAUUUUUCAAGACUGUGCAGCACGCUGAUUGGGCCCUGCCGUUGUGUGUCGAAGGGGCCGAGAAAUUGUCCUUAAGUCUCUUCCAGAAGCAUUGGGCAAUUGGCGAGCCCUUGCUACUCCAAGGUCUGGAAGAGCGUACAAAACGUUUUUGGACACCAACUAAGCUUCUCACGCUAAUUGGUGACCAAACGGUAGACGUCAUUGCCGGCAACAGCAAUGUACUCUCUCAAAUGCGGCUAAAGGAUUUCCUCAACAUCCCUCCAACCGCUUGUUUGCGACUCGCUGUUCGUGUCUCGUCAAUAAUUUGGCAAUGCUGACCAUUUAGGGACUACCACUAUGCGAAUGUGCAAGCUCGAUCUCAAGCACACUGCUAGAAGCUUUUGACAGCCUUUUGCCUGUUCCAGAGUACACG